AUUUAUCGACCAAUAAAAGCGGACGAGUCUGAAAAACUGACCGAUCAUCUCGAGAAGUACUGGAAUCGUGAGCUGGACAAACUGAAGAACCUGAAAUACACUGUGGAUAAAAACGGGCAGAAGGUGCCACUAAAGAAAAACGCUCGUCCGAGAUUAUACAAGGCGAUUUUCAACGCUUUUUGGUUGCCAUAUUUUAUAAUCGGAAUCGGCAUACUUAUCCAAUGCAGCGUGGCGCGCGUCGCGAUACCAAUCUUUCAGGGUUGGAUUAUCGACUACUUCUCCAGAAACUCGAUCGCAAAGUACAAAACAGAGCUGCACGAAGUGCUAAUCUACAUCGUUUCCAUAAUUAUUUGCAAUAUCAUCUCCUUUCUAAUAAUACACCACAUGCGGCUGCUGUCGCAGCAGAUCGGCAUGAGGGUACGCGUCUCCUGUAGUUCCCUUCUCUAUCGAAAGUUAUUACGAUUGAACAGAGCAUCCAUAAAUCAAAUCAGUACUGGACAGAUCACGAAUAUUCUCAGCAAUGACGUCAGUCGCUAUGAUAAUUUAUCUACGUUUCUGAAUUUCAUAUGGAUCGUGCCUAUUCAGAUCAUGAUCAUAGGAACUAUUAUGUGGCGAAAUAUUGGCAUUUCCGGUCUUGUCGGCAUCGGAACGCUGAUGAUCAUCGCUUUAGUGGUACAAGGGAUCAUCAGCUUGUUGAGCCGCAAAAUUAGAGCUAUGAUCGCGCCACUGACCGACCGAAGAGUGCAGCUGAUGAGCGAACUCGUAGCCGGGAUACAGGUGGUAAAGAUGUACGUUUGGGAGAAACCGUUCAGCAAGAUCGUAUCGGUGACCAGAAAGCUGGAAAUCAAAGGGAGCAAAUUCUCGUCAUACGUGUUCGCCGCAUGUUUGGCCAUAACAGCCUUCACCGAUCGACUGGCCCUCUAUUUUACCUUAAUAACGUACGUCCUACUGGGGCAUUACCUGACUGCCGACGUAACCUUCGAACUGUCGACGUACUUCAAUAUGCUUCAACUCACUGCAGCGUUGCAGUUUCCGCAAGCGUUGAUACUGAUGGGUGAAUCGAUGGUGUCUAUAAACCGAUUGGAGAACUUUCUGUUCAUGGACGAAGUAAACAUGAAACGCUCAGAGAAGACGCCGCAGUUGCAGGAUAAAUCUCGGAAAUUAAACGAAGCGACUAAUGUAGAGAAUCACACAGACAGGUACAUCACAAAAAAUGGGAGUAUCGCGCUUUCGGAGCUUCAGGAAUUUUCUGAUCUUUCGGUCUACGUGAAGCUUCAGGGCGUUUCCGCCAAUUGGGUCAGCGGCCAAUUGCCGCCGACUUUGUGCAAUAUCGACUUGACCAUCAAGCCGGGACAGUUAUGCGCUGUGGUCGGUCCCGUGGGUUCCGGCAAAUCAUCUAUAUUACAUAUGCUGCUGAAGGAGUUGGAUCCCGGCGCGGGUUCAGUGAUCCUCACUCAGGACUCCUCGAAGGAUAUUUUUCAGGGCAAUCUUUCCAAUGGUUACUUCACGAGCAAUCCGAAUCUGCGCAUCUCCUAUGCCAGCCAGGAGCCCUGGCUCUUUUGUGGUACUGUAAGAGACAACAUACUCUUUGGCCAGCCCUACGACAAGGCUAGAUAUACUCAAGUGGCAAAUGCGUGCGCCUUGACGAAGGAUUUCCGACAGUUUCCACAGGGAGACAUGACGAUGGUCGGCGAUAGAGGUGUAUCCUUGUCCGGAGGCCAAAGAGCGCGUAUCAAUCUCGCGAGGGCGGUUUACAGGCAGGCGGAUCUCUAUCUGCUCGACGAUCCCUUGAGCGCGGUGGACUCUCGUGUCGCCAGGCAUCUAUACGGGAAGUGCAUCACCGAGUAUCUCCACGACAAGACGAGAAUACUCGUCACCCAUCAGUUGCAAUUUCUCAAACGCGCGGACCACAUCGUCGUUUUGGAUCGAGGUUUUAUGAAGAUGCAAGGAAGC